AAGCAGUCUUCAAACUCUUCAUCUUUUACUCCUCCUGUCCUUUUUAUGUAUUCCUUACAAUGUCAACAGUGCUAAUCUGGUUCGCUUUGCAGUUAUGGCGAGCAACAGGCCUGAUCUCAAUAACACCAGGACAGUGCUGAGUGCAGUCGAUGAUGCUGUGGGAUUUGUAAAUGAUAAUUUACUCUCUGACGGAGUCAGCUUAAUGCACAGCACAAUUCUGACCGAUUGUUACAAUUUAUCAGAAGCUGAGCAGGUGGUUGCAAGUUUACCUCAAACAAGUCCUCCUACUGUUGCUCUACUAGGAGGAGGAUGUUCACUGGUUACAGGGCAUAUUGCUAAUGUCACUAAAAUUCCAAUAAUUUCAUAUUAUUCAACAUCUCCAUCCCUCAAUGAUUCUUUCCCUUUACUCUUCACUUUAAGACCAUCAGAUUCACUCAUUCCUCCAGCACUUGCAAGAAUCUUCAAAGAAUUUGGAUGGAGCCAAGUUGCUUUGGCUACCCAAACAGUAUCACAGUACAAUAAGCUGCAUCAGAUAUUAGAUGAAGUAUUUCAGUCCAGUGACAUUGAUAUUUCUCAGCAUAGCAUCUUCAGUUAUCCACUUGGAUCUGAUCUACCUGGAAUUGACAAAUUUCUUGAAAGUCAGUCACAUAUUUUCUUUUUAAACUGUGACCCCAAGAUAUCUUUACUCAUUCUCUGCCAAGCAUAUAAGAAAGGUCUUUAUUAUCCUAACUACAUGUGGAUAACGCUAGGCUGGUACCCUCCUUCCUGGUGGGAUAUCACUCCCACUGAUUGUAGCACCAGUCAGCUUAAGAGGGUCCUUCAUAGAUCUUUUAGCAUUUCAAGUAUUCGAUCAGUUUCAGAUGAUCACUCAAUUGAAUCUUAUGUCUUUGAUGGAGUCCAUGCAUUAGCGCUAGCAGUUAACAGAACAAUAGAAGCUAAUAAAUCAAUAAUAGACGAAGGCUCUGCCUUGAUACAGGAGCUGCCACAAGUACUAAAGGAUCUUGAAUUUAACGGCUUAACUGGCAAAGUUGAUUUUAAGAGUAAAGAAGACAAUUCUACCGUGCUCAUAGUUCAAUAUAGAAGAGACUCAAGCAAUGAUCUAAUGCAAACAAAUGUUGCGUAUUAUGACAUAAGACAGUCAAUUUUCAAGUACAUGAACAACACGACCGCUACUGAUGUCUUCCCAGAUGGGAUACCACCUGAUGGUACGCCAAUAAAAAUAGUCAAUACAGUUCACAUCGGCAUCACUGUAAUAAUAAUUACAAUGCAAGUAAUAGGAUUUAGUAUGCUAAUCAUCUGCCUCCUUUUUAAUAUUUUGUUCAGAAACAGAAAGAUUGUCAAGCUAAAUAGUCCUAAUCUCAAUUAUAUUAUUAUUACCGGUGUGACAGUGAUGAUGGUAGGACUAACAUUUUAUUAUCUUCCACUUCAAAGCAAGCCAGCUCUUAGAGUUAUAUGCACAAUAAGACGAAUUUGUUCAACUCUUGGCCACUUUGUUGCUUUCACAGUUGCGUUAGUAAAGACGUGGAGGGUUCACUAUAUUUUUCGCUCACCUUCCAUGAAAAAGAAAGCACCAAGUGAUUCAAAGCUAUUUCUAGUUGCCCUUGUUAUAGUGGCAUUGGAGUCCUUACUCUCCAUAGCACUCCUAGUACCUGAUGUGGUGUACUCCCCAGUUGGCACAACUAUAGAUAGGGAGAGGACAUCAACAGUGAAUGAGCAAGGAGUGAGUGUCAUGUAUUGUAUUGCAGACUGUGGGACAACAAACUUUUAUUUGACUUGGGUAGUUCUAACCGUCAUUGUCUCCUUCAUUUCUCAUGCUGUUGCAGUUACUCUAGCAUUUAGGAUAAGGAGCAUUGAAGUUGAUGCCAUUAACGAUUACAAGUACACCAGUGCUAUUGUAUAUACUUCAACUGUACUACUGAUCCUGUUGGUUGCUGUCAUUUUUGCUCUCAACGAUUAUGUGAAUGUCUUUGUGUUUUGUGUGACAUUGCUCGUAUUUGGUGAAGGCUUAGUGUUCUUGAGUUUGACUUUUAUACCAAAGAUGAUUGCAUUGUACAAAGAUCCAAAAGGAGACAAAAUAUUUAGUCACCAAACUGGGAUUGGAGCUGCAAGCUGUCAUGUGCAAUCAGUAGAUAAUGGUAAAGAUAAAAUCACACCUUUGUCACCAUCAACUCCAGCAGCAUCACACAAUGCAGCUUCAGAUUUAUCUUCAGAAAACGAGUUGAACUCAAUUCAACCUCAAACUUUAACAGGACAAUCAUCGGAAAUGACAGCUGUGCCCACUAGAAAAAGAGAAUGAUUUUCUUGCUUUCCUUAUUGCAAUUUUUAAAAGUAACUCAUUCAUGUAUACACUUAAAUUUUCUGAAAUUUUGAUUUUCCCCUUAUUUUAAA